AUGAUGACACAAGGCAGAGAAAGAAUUUGGGAAGGGAUUUGGCGACGGAUGUACUGUUUUUUCCUCGCCUACCUUCUCUUCCUGGCCUUACCAUGCUCUGGCUUCCUCCCUAACUUCUGGUCUCGGGUGCUGACAUUAUCCUGGGACUCACAAACACAUCAAUACAUCACUGAGCAGGCCAUUCUCAACGUCACCAUGGAGACACUGAGGGACUUAAAAAAACACCAAGAAAACCAAGAAAAUCUGACCAGGCUGGGCCGUGGCUUUUGGAGAGCUGUGGGAGAGGUGGUGAAGUCCAACGCAGCCAUGGACUUCCUGAGCUCCACCCGAGCUGAUCCAGUGUACCACUUUGAUUCAGAGAGAGUGGACAGUGCCAUCGGGAUGUUACGCCAGUUUUGGACUCAGACUCUGCUCUCAGUGCGGGCCAAAAAGUACCAAAGUGCUCAUCACAGCUUGGGACAGCUAUUUCACUCCCUGCAGGAUUUCUACAGCCACAGUAACUGGGUUGAGAUGGGCAAGCAGGAAAUUUAUCUCCACCUUCUGCAGCCUGAGGAGCCUGCUGUGCCUGUGGCUAAAGGUGACACUCCUACCUGUAUGGAGUGCUUCAGUAUAACCUGUCGAGGAAACCUCCUGCCCAGACUGACAAACACACAGCAAGACUCCCAGCUGCUCACCACGGGCUACUUCAGCAGUUUUCCUCACAAACCUCAGGGCAAAUGCAGUCAUGGAGGUAUUUUGGACAGCAGCCGCUCUACUGGGGCCAAAGGGGGCAUCAACAAGGACAGCACUUCUCCGAUCUUCUCCCCUCACCAUUACCUUCAUCAGGAAGCAGCUACUCUGGCUACUGAAGCUACUCUGAGCGUACUCAGAGACCUCAGAGACACCGUGGGCCACAAAACCUUUCUAAGGCUCUUCAGUGUGAAGCAGGUCCCUGCUUUGGUAUUUGUCAUGGACACCACAGGAAGCAUGUUUGAUGAGAUAACUGCCGCUCGUCUACGGGUCCAUUCGAUCAUCCAGAGCCGAGCUCGCAGCCCUGGACAGCCAGGCACUUUUCUCCUUGUGCCUUUCCAUGACCCAGAGUUUGGACCCGUGUUUGAGACUGAGGAUCCAGACCAGUUCAUGAUCUUCAUGGAGGACCUGAUGGCACUGGGAGGAGGUGAUGAACCAGAAAUGUGUCUGUCAGCUAUUCAGCUGGCCCUAACUCACAGUCCACCACUAUCAGAGAUAUUUGUGUUCACUGAUGCUUCUCCUAAAGACGCCCACCUGUUUGAUGCGGUAAAAGCUCUCGCACUGGAGAAACAAAGCAAGAUUACAUUUCUGCUGACUGAGGACCCAAACUACACCAAAGAGAUCAGUAGAAGGAGGAGGAGGAGGAGGAGGAGGAGAAUGAGCAGGAAGCUUCAGUCUCCUGAUCGAUUUUCUCUCUAUUCUUCCCUGUCCUCGCUGUCAGGAGGACUGACAAUAUUCACCACCAAUUCUGACAUCCACAGAGUCUCCACCGUAGUGGAGGAUAACACAGCUGUCAACAAGGUGACCCUCCUCCAUGUGGAAAGCGAUGAAGAGCCGAUGUCCUCCCAUUCCUUCAGAGUCGACAGCUCAGUAAAAAACAUCACCCUUCACAUUGCUGGCAUUCUAACUGGAUGUAUCCUUACCAAUCCAUCAGGCCAAAGCCAGUCUUUGUUGGGGGAUCAGGCAUCUCUGGCUGAGAUGCAGCAUUUUGAGGGUCUUUACCGUAUCACCCUGCUUUCUCCUGUACAACCAGGCCAGUGGAAACUACAAGCCAAGAGUGAUGGACCUCUGACAUUCAGUGUAAUAGGUGACAGCAGUGUAGAUUUCCUCUAUUACUUUGCCACAGUAACCAAUGAGACUCACCCAGGUCUGUCCAGAAUGGAGGGCAGCCCAAUAGCUGGUGUCCCUGCAUUUCUGGUGCUGGCUGUGACUGGUCUCUCUCCAGAUGAGGAUGUGUCUUUCAGUCAUGUGAUGCUGAUGGGAGCUGAUGGAGAGAGCAUCCAGCAUGUGAAGAUGAACUCCUCCUCUUCAUCACCCUACUCUGUGGGGGAGCUGGUGGGACGGGUGGAGUCUGUUCCCAGAGUUCCCUUCAGUGUUCGACUAUUAGGCAGAGACAGCAGAGGAAACAAGCUGGAGCGAGCUUCUACAGAGAUGAUCCAUCCGACUCAUGUUCAGAUACAGGUGUUGACCGCCCCAUGUCUGGUACCUGGUCACAGCACCAUGGUGGAAUUUAACAUCCUGAACCAUGGCCCAGCCCGACUCUUCAGUCUCACUGGUGAAGAUGACUUUGGAUAUUUUCAAAAGAAAGGACAUCACAGGUUCCAUGUUGCAGAGCAGGGGUCUUUCCAUGGUCAGGUGGAGCUCCACACUCCUGCCACAGCUCAGGCUGGAGCUACUGUCACCCUCACACUGACUGUCCAUGCCCAUGACUCUCCAGACUCAAACUAUGCAGUGGUCUACUUGACUGUGGUCCCACCAGAUCCUGACACCUCCCCACCUUCGUGUUCUGCAGCACAGGUGCUGUCUACCUGUGGUUCUAUCUGCAGUCAGUCAAACUGGACUAUAUCCCUGGUCGUGUCUGACAGGGGGCGCUCUGGCCUUGCUGCUCUCCAGCUGAAGAAGGGUGACGGCAUUCUUACUCUAUUUCCCCCAUCUACUGAAGACAGUUUAAGUGAAGACCAGCAACAGGAAAACAAGAACCAAACAACCAGGGAAGACCACAACAUCUACAAGGCCAGAUUACGGAAAGGAGACCCUGCUUUGAAUGUUUCUGAUUGGGCACUGGGUUCAUCUCAGCCACUUUGGGUGAGGUACACUUCAAGCUGUUGCUCUUCUCAGGCAGAGUUUCUGAUUUGGGAUACAGCUGGAAAUAUGAAACGUUGCCAUCUAACAUCGGGACAGCAGAGACAAUUAAGAGACAUGAGCACAGACGCCAAUAGCGCUGGACGGAAGACCCUAACAGAGGUCUUUUUCAUCUUCUUGGGUCUACUGUGGUUUUGUUUACUUUAG